AUGUUGAGGAUGAAUAAAGGGUCACUUGAUUACUGGAGGAAUUACUUUGGAGCUGCGAACUCUGACAUAUUUGGUAUCAUUGACCAUGCGAUCAUGGUGGCUGCUUCUGAUUGCCCCGAGGAGUUCAGGAUGAGGAGGGAUGGGAUUGCAGAGAGGUUGUUUUCUUGCAGAUUGAGUCGAUGUUUGGGGUGUGAGAGGGUGGAAUUGGUUGUGUCAGCAGAUAAUGAUGGUGGUGAAUGUGGUGGUGGUUGCAAGAGUGGCUUUAAUGGGGCUGGGGCUGAGUUUGAGUUUGAAGCGGGUGCAAGUAAAGAGAGCAAGGUCAAUAGUACCAGAGAUGAUGAUCCUGGAGAGAUGAAUACGAACCAAGUUAGCAAUUACAGCUAUGGGGAAGCUGAGGCGUUGACUGAUGAGAUUGAAGAAGAAUCACAAUAUGUUGAAGAGGUGUUCAGGAUCAAGGAUGUUUUGCUCAACUGUGAAGAAGAACAGUCUGAUUCAGUUUUGUUUGAUUCAUUGAGAAGGCUUCAGCUGAUGGAACUCACAGUGGAUCUUUUGAAGGCAACUGAGAUUGGAAAGGCUGUCAAUACUCUUCGAAAACAUGGAUCAAAUGACAUUUGUCAACUUGCGCGGACUCUUAUCGAUGGCUGGAAGGAAAUGGUGGAUGAGUGGGUCACGGCUACCACAGUUAUUGCAGGUUCUGAAGGUACUCCAGAUUCAGUUAAUCCAUCUGUUGUUGAUGACGAAGAAGGGCUUCCAUCACCUCCUAUGGAUGAAGGGGCUUUAUUUGCAGCUCCAACUGGUUCGAUGGAACUCUCCCAGUUCUUUGAUGGCAUGGAUGAUGAUGGAAAUCCUCGACAGUGUAGGGAAUUCAUCAAGAACCAUGAACAUGGAAGAAGAUCAUCUCUGAACCGUCAAAAUACAGCAAAGAGGAAAUCUCAGACAUCAAAUGAGGUAAACAUUAUUGCCAAGGACAGUAAGGGUCAGCAAGCAAAGAAAGAUGAGGCUGCUGUGAGGUCAAAUAAACCAGUUAUCGCUGAUUCUGGCCCUGGCAGACCACCGAAAUCAAGCAUGCAGAAAAAAGGCUAUAUUGAGCUGCAGAUGCAACAAAAUACAGUGAAGAGUGCUAUCCCAAAAAAUCCUCAUCUUCAUCAGCUAGAUAAACUCAGGUGUUUGGAUGAUGCUUCUGCCCAGGUGAAGUUAGAAGCCACUAAAAGGAAACUUCAGGAGCGGUAUCAACAAGCUGAAAAUGCUAAGAGACAGCGGACAGUACAGGUUAUGGAGUUGCAUGACCUCCCAAAGCAAGGUAUUGGGCACCGAAAUCCACAUGUGAAAACCGGAAGCCACAAGAAGCAAUGGGGUGAUGGACGAAGAUAG